AUGGCUCUUAAAAGAAUAAAAAGAGAAUUUGAAGAAAUUGAAAAAAAUUAACCUCCAAAUUAUUCUGUCAGCCUUUUUAAUAAUGAAGAUUUUUAUUAAUGGAAAGCAAUAAUUGUAGGAUCCGAAGAAUCUUUUUAUAAAGGAGGUCGUUUUGUGCUCUAGAUUAAUAUUUCUAAGAAAUACCCUUUCAAACCUCCGAAAAUUAGGUUUCUAACUGAAAUAUAUCAUCCAAAUAUUAAAUCUUUUGGAUAGCUUUAUUUCAAUGAAAUAACUGAUUAAUGGUCACCUGCCCUGGAGAUAAGCAAAAGUAUUAAAGAGCUCAUUCUUAAUUUUAGUCCUUGCAAUAAUAUGCUAAUUAUUGAGUAAUCCAGACCCAGAUUCUCCAUUAGUGCCAGAAAUAGCAAAGAUUUAUAAAUCCAAUAAUUAGCUCUUCAUAUAAACAGCCUAAAAAUGUGUACGAAAAUAUGCUAAUUGA